AUUUCUCAAUUUUAUGAGGACUCAACAAAAACUACAAGGCAAGGCAUUCAUAAAGAGCUUCACCAGGUCAUCCACCAGGGACUCAAAGUAUCAUAGACCAAAAACAAGACCAGACAACAAGACCAGACAAGAUCUGUCCCAUUUAGAGUUUUAAUACCAGCCUUUAAAAACCGUUAAUUCAUUCAUUCAACUUCAUUAACUGCUUUAUUUUACUCAGGGUUGCAGUCCUUGAGCAUGAGACAAAAGUAUACCUUUAUAUGGGAAACCAGUCUCUUGCAGUCUUUUCAAACUAUUAUUCAGUCAUCUCUGCAUGCCUUGACAAGUCCCAACAGUAUGUUAUGAUCUAGAGUCAUAGUUCUACCAUGGAAGUGACUAGAGACAAAAUGAACUGUUGUGCAACCUGCAUGAAUACAUAUAAGACACUCCUCCUUCUAGUGUCUAAGCAAGUCUUUCCCACAUUCCCAUGUAGUAAAGUUGAUAUGGUGAUCCGUAAAAUCAUGGGCACAUUACAAGGACAAUGCUGGAAAAAAGGCAGCAAUCAAAAGAUUUCUUUUUAUUGGAAUUGCAUUUAUAAUCCGAAGCAAAGAGAAAUAACAGCACAGCUGCAGGUUUCUCUCCAGGUUAUGGUAGCUGAAUGUUGGCAUGACUUGGAUAAUACUGAAUAUGACUGCUGGCCGAUAACUGAUCCGAAUGAUUACAACAUGAUCAGCUGUGGUGGGUUAGAGAUGGCCUGGGUGCAGCGUCCUCCAGAGAAAGUCACAGAUGGAGAAGAGUUUAAUGUUACCUAUUCUGUCACAGCCUCAGAUACGUUUUAUGAAUAUGCAGUCAAGAACAGGAUCUUACACUUCAGUAAUGCUUCAGACGCUAAAAGAUUUUGCUACGAACAUGAAUGUCCCUCUAACUGGAACAACGCCAAUGAGCACAACUGCUGUGUGUAUCAUGCCAACAUCCACUCUUGUCCCCUUGGGCUUAUGAGAGGCAGAGGGAUUUGUGGUCCUUGGAUCCCAGAUGACGGCGAGAUAGUCACUCAUACUGUUUCUAAAGCAGGCAAGAUGAGUCAGUUUCUCUGGACCUCAAAGGUGGUGCUUGUGCACUUGGGAGUCACAUCAGUUAUUGCCCAUAUCAAGGUAGGACAGAUGCAUGCUGCUUUGGAAUCCAAGGUGCUAGUCGUUAGCGCUCAAGUGUGUGGAGAUGACAUCUGUGAGUUAGAAGAGAACUGUCUGACAUGUCCUGCAGACUGUGGAGUCUGUCCUAUGGCCACGUCCAUCAAGGUGGCCAUUGGACUCCCACUUGCUCUGAUCUGUACUGGCUUUGUCUUAACUGUAGUGUGGCUGCAGUAUCAAAAGCAGAAGAUGUUUUGGGAUGAGAGUUGGAUAAUCAAUUACAAUAAUGUAAUGUUUGGCAAAGCAUGCUACAUGGGCUUCUGUAGCACAACGAGUCUACAGCCAGUGAAGAGCAACUCCAGCAUCAGCCGGGCCACAGACGUCACAGUGUGCACUGUAGUGAACACCAACUUCAAGCCAGGUUUCAUUCAGCCAGGCAUCUACGAUGGAAGAACAGUGGCUGUGAAACACAUCCAGAAGAAGCACUUUACUCUCUCUAAAACAAUCCGGAAAGAGGUGAAAGAAGUGAGGGAAUUAGAUCAUCCAAAUUUGGCUAAGUUCAUCGGAGGCUCCAUCGAAGUCCCCUACAUUUGCAUCAUUACUGAAUAUUGUCCUAAAGGAAGCCUGGCUGACGUCCUUUUAAAUGAGGAUAUUCCUAUCAACUGGGGCUUUCGCUUAUCAUUUGCCACUGAUAUCGCUCGUGGGAUGGCUUAUCUCCACCAACACAAAAUUUUCCAUGGACGACUUCAUUCUCGUAACUGUGUUGUUGAUGAUCGCUGGGUUUGCAAAAUAUCAGACUAUGGUUUGAUGGCCUACAGAAAAGAGGACUCCGAAGUAUUAAGCAGCACUUUCCACUGUGGAGACCUCUGCCGCAUUUACUCUGCACCUGAAAUUUUGUUGGGUAACAGCAGCAUCAACACUGCUGCAGCUGAUGUGUACAGCUAUUCCAUUAUCUUGGUGGAGAUAGCCACACGCAGUGAUCUGAUCUCACAAUCACAAACUGAACCUGUGAAGCUUGAUAUCAUGUGGCGUCCACCUCUUCCUGAACUGAAAGUUGGGAAAGCGGACAGCGAUUGUCCUAAUCAAGUGGAGUACUGUGAGUUGAUUAAGAAGUGCUGGUCCCACAAUGUCACCACCAGGCCAACGUUUGAGCAGGUGAAAAAGAUGCUGGAUAAAAUGAACCCACACAAAGUCAGUCCUGUUGAUAUGAUGAUGAACCUGAUGGAAAAAUACAGUAAGCAUUUGGAGGCUAUUGUCGCUGAGAGAACCCAAGACCUUCUUCAGGAGAAGCAGAAGACAGACCGCCUGCUUUAUAGUAUGUUACCUAAACCAGUGGCUGAUGAUCUUAGACAAGGACGCACAGCAGAAGCACAAAGUUACACUAGUGCUACUGUAUAUUUCAGUGACAUAGUGGGUUUUACCCAGCUCUCUGGCUCCAGCACUCCUCACCAGGUGGUGGAUUUCCUCAAUAAACUUUACACCACUUUUGACGACAUCAUUGACAACUAUGACGUGUACAAAGUGGAGACUAUUGGAGAUGCUUAUAUGGUAGUAUCUGGUGUACCAAAUGAGAACGGCAUCAAUCAUGCAGGUGAAAUUGCCAGCAUGGCCUUGGAUUUGAUCAGCGUUUGCCACGCAUUUAAAAUCCCACACAAGCCUACUACCCAGCUGAAGAUCCGAGCUGGCAUACACUCAGGGCCUGUAGUGGCUGGAGUGGUUGGCACCAAAAUGCCACGCUACUGUUUAUUUGGAGACACUGUGAACACAGCAUCCCGCAUGGAGUCCACCAGUGAAGCUUUAAAGAUUCAGUGCAGUGAAUCUACAGCUGAUCUGCUGCACACUUUAGGAGGAUAUGUGCUGGUCUGCCGUGGCACUCUGAAUGUGAAGGGCAAAGGAGAGAUGACAACAUGGUGGCUGGAAACAAAAAGGAGCCCUACAGAACUACUUCAUGAUGAAGAGCCACAAAAAGGGCCAGUUCCAGUUAGCAACUAACCACACACUCCUCACAUGUUUUGUUCAUUGUCAUGUUCUGUACUGGUCUGAUGAUUAUGUAAGGUAUUCUAGGUACAUACUCUACUCUGUAUGCAUGUGGUUUAACUGUGAGGUGAUGUUAGGGUUUUGGAAUUAAUAAAGUAAUUGUAACAUUCUUGGAUUUGGCUUGGAGAAUGAUGUUUUGUAAGGUCAGUGUGGUCAUGUGAAAACUGACCAGGACUGGAACGAAAUGAAUCCCCCACACCUACACAAGCUUCUGUCUUAUCUUUACUAGUUCUAUCAAUGUCCCUUUCAUUUCUACUCUUUCUUAUUGAACACUAUUUACACCACAGGAUAUAACGGCUUUUGUUACAUUGUCACAAUGCUGUAGGAGACAAACCUUCUUUGAUUGCCAUUGAUUUGUGAUUAGUAAGGACAAAUCUGACAGCUCCAACUUUGAAAUGUGAAUAACACUUUAAUGCUUUUCACAGUAUUGUUCAGCAGUGUAAACACUGUGCUUUAGACCGGUUUUUGUAGUAGGUUUUGAUAUAAUGAUAUUCAGUAUCAUUUAAUUAUUUAUUUUUCAGAAGUUAUAUAUGCUAGCUUUUUGUCUUCUAAAAUGAGGCACAUUUUCUGUGUCAUUGUGCAUUUAGAAACAAUUUCCAGUUUUCAACAGUAUUUUGUAAAUAUCUGUGGUUCUUUAUUUGCCUGAUUGUUAAC